AUGCAGGCAAGCUUCUUGCUGUCAGUGGUGGGCUUCACUAACGUAGUAGGCCGCGUGGCCAUCGGUGCCGUAUCUGAUCGGCUGGGUGCGUACCGCAUCUGGCUCUUCAUCGGCUGUGUCAUGGUUUGCGGCCUUUCCACCGUCCUAAGCGUGCUCUCGCGCACCUACGCCGAGCUGCAAGUGUACGCUGCCACAUACGGCGCCGCUGGUGGUGGCUUCAUCACGCUCAGCUCGGUGGUCGUGGUCGACAUGGUGGGCCUGGACCGCCUCACCAACGCCUACGGGCUGUGUCUUCUCUGUCUGGGAGUCGCAGCAUUAGUUGGACCACCGCUAAACGACUUUCGGCCAAAACCCGACGGGGUUUUGGCCGACAGUCUCGCGGCCUGCCCCGCUGUGGAUCCCGGUUGCGAGCUACUUUUCCCGCGGCGGGUCUCGGACUGUGCUUCAUCAUCCGGCAUGACACCAUCGCUGCCGGAGUCCGAGAUGACCUCCCAUGCGCUUCUUUUGGCGACCCGGUCUCUGGGUUCCACACGCUAA